GAAAAAGCUAUAGGUAGCGACUCACUAGUGAGUUCUAAUAUGAUUUUCCAGGUUUGCGUGUUCUUUUUCCUUCAUCUGCUGAGACACGUAGGCACUUCUGACAGCAAACAUGUCGCCCAAACACCUGCUUUCAUCGUCAAGAGACGUGGUGAAUCUGUUGUCAGUGAGAUCCACUGUUCCCACAACAUAACAAAUUAUGACCGCAUCCUCUGGUACAAGCAAGACGAACACAAGGCUCCGAAGUAUCUGGGAUAUCUGAACAUGAAGUUAGCGAUCAUCGAGGAUGAUGUGCGAGGGAAAGUCAGCUUCAAUGGUGAUGGCACCAGUCACUCCGACCUCUCCGUUUCUCAGCUGUGGUUAAACGACAGUGGUGUGUAUUACUGUGCAGCCCGUCAACACAGUGCUACAAAGUCUCAGUGAGUCAGAACAAAAAACCAGACACACAGAGACAGGAACACCUGCACUCAA